AUGAAGGCCUCUAUGAUUCUCGCAUGCCUUUUGGGUUCCGUAGCUGCCCUGCCGCAGUUGGAGUCCAUCAUUCAACGAGCCCCUCCUGCCCCUUUCAGCGACUUCACCAACAACCUCGUCUUCUAUCCAGACAGGAACUACACGAGCUGGAAAGUAAUCUAUCCGCGAACUCUCCAGCUCCCUGACGGAAGUCACCUUCUAUCGUGGGAGAACUACCCCCCUGAGCCUCCUCAAGCCAACUUCCCCAUAUACAAGUCAGUCGAUGGAGGCGCGACUUGGUCCGAGUUCUCCUCCGUCUCAGACCAGGUCAACGGCUGGGGUCUCCGAUACCAGCCCAACUUCUAUCUCUUGGAAGAGGAAUUCGGCGGUUACCCUGAUGGAACAAUCCUAAUCGGGGGAGCGUCCGUUCCUGCUGAUCUCAGCGAGGCCUAUCUCGACCUCUACGCCAGCACCGACGGGGGUUUGAACUGGGAGUUCGUCAGCCACAUGGUCUACGGCGCCGGACCGGAGACGACCGGUAACGGGAACGACGCCGUGUGGGAGCCAUUCUUUCUCAUGUACGAGGGUGAAUUCGUCUGUUUUUUCUCGGAUCAGAGGGACGAGAAUCAUGCGCAGAAGCUUGCGCAUAUCACGACUAAGGACCUCAAGACAUGGAGUGAGCCAGUCGAUGAUGUCGCCUCAUCGGCCUACGAGGACAGACCUGGGAUGACCACUGUGGCACACAUUGAGUCCACAAACCAGUUUAUCAUCACAUACGAGGUCUGCGCGACGAACGAAGGUUGUGAGGGGUACUACAAAGUUUCGUCCUCCCCUUUGACAUUUGCAUCCAUUCAGGGACGAGGGGAGAAGAUCGUAUCCAGCAACGGUGGACAUACCACCGGAGGGUCCCCAUACGUCAUAUGGACACCGAACAAGAAGAAGAAUGACGGCUCGGGAAUCAUUAUCAUGGACGGCGCCAGCCGAGAGCAGUUGUUCGUAAACGAGGAUUCUGCGGACCCCGCGGGGUGGAUUGAAGUCGAUGUGGGACAGUGGGCGGCGCAUUCAAGGUGCAUCGAGGUGAUUGACAACAACGGAACGGAGAAGCUUAUGCUGUCGAACGCUGGGCAAAUGCAAGAGGGCUUUGACAACUAUGUAGUCGUCGGCGUUGUGGAUGUACCGUACGACGCUCUCGAUUAG